AUGUUGGAUGAAGUGACUUAUAAUAAUGUUAAUAAGAAGGCGAAAAAUGAGCAUUUGAGUUUUGGCACUAGCCAUGAUAGAUUUGGUCACACUGGAGGAGCCUUCACUAUUCGUGAUGUUCCUGGUCCUGGUGAAUACAGUCUUAGAGAAUACCAGGGCGUGAGCGCUGCUGAAACGCGUUCUGAUCGGUUCUCAACGGGCGUUGCUGGUGCAGAUUACACGGCUAUUACUUCGACUAGCGGCGAAGUUGGUCCCGGCUCGUACGAGGCAUUCGGCUCGACUAGUGGAAUAUCACAUAAUGUGACUAUGAACACGCCUUGGAAAGAGUUGUCUUCGAAGGGCCUUAUAAGUCGCAUGCGAAGUGGUCGUACUAGAUAA